AUGACAACGAAUUUGCGCGACAGCAUCCUCGCGGCCCUCGCGAAACUACCUGGAACUCGAGAAUUCCAUCUUCAUGUUCUCGUAUCUGCUCCAAGAAAGCAUUCGGAGCUGUAUCAAUUUGCCCAACCCAGGCCACGCACAUAUUUGCAGGAUAUUCUGAUUCUUUUGUCCGAACAAAAGACCCCCGACUCGCCUCGAAUACUGGUCACUGCCGUCGAAGCGUGCGUCUACGUCCUACCGGCGACCUCUUGCGCUCUGUUGUACGUCUCGAAGGUCGACUCUACUGGAUUCGCCUCCACGCCAUCUCCAACAUCGACCCUUGUUCGAACGCUGCUCGUUUACUAUGGGAGUCCUACCACUCGGCCGGUGGCAGUUGAUCACGUUUGGAUCCAGCUCUUCGCGCGCGCGCAGGCCCAGUACUUAUUCCCCAAUUCCUCAGAAAAUCCUGGAAAGCGCCCCCUUGGCGACGCGAAGCUCUGCGCAUGGUGGAAACGCGUCCUCACAGAUGUGGCGACGGAGCUGAAUUCCUUGAUAACCCCCCGACCUCUCAUUAGGCUCCAUUAUAUCCUCCCAGGGAUGAACGAGCUUGAAAGCUUCAAUAUACUGAAAUCGGGUCCCACGUCCCACAACGAUACUCACGUUUGGAAUUACAAUCACCCAUACUCACAAACCGAGAUCCCCUGCCCCUGCCCCGCACCAGGUGACGCACAGGGGUCAACCAAUCUGGGACACUUCAUCCCUUACUUCGACGAUGACCCCAAGUCUCGGUUCAUGGACGAAAUCGCGUAUAUCACUGAUAAAGACGGUGUCAAGUCUCCUGUUCGGAAACGGCCGCGUAAAUUAUCGCACACCCAAACGGAUCGCGAAAAGGCUGAAGCGGAGAGGCCGCCUUCUCCCAAAGGCACCCAGGUAUCCCCCCUGGGUGAAUUGGGAAGGGUGAGCCCUGAUGAGUUUUGGGAACGGAUGUCUUUCCGUCAAGAAUGCGUUGCCGGUGCGGUGACUGGCUUUUUUACGCUUAUAUUAUCCGCACCCUUGCCACCUUCUGACCAGCCAACGUCAAGCCCGUCCCCUCUCGCUCCGCAACCUGGGCAAGUCUCGUCCCAAAUUAAUAAACGCAUCAUGACUUCACUUACCUCUGGCGUUGAAUUCUCUACGGAAGAGCGAGCAGUACGGGGGACAGAGGCGAUAGAGGGAGCGAUUAAAGGUUUGUGCGAAGGUUUGAAGACCAUUCCAGUGGUGCCAAUUUCCACGAUCCAUGCACCUCGCCCUCUCCGAGCUUCCUCCCCACAUGAUGUUGGCGGAGGACAAACCCCAGACCCAUCACCAUAUCUCGCACUCCCGCGAACACCUUCACCUAAAUUGGUGAACGGCAAACGAGCAGUGCCUGAUGUCUCCCCGAAUCCAUUCCCAGAGCCUGUUGUAUCUCUUGAGACCUACCGGUCGCAUAUCUACGGCUCCGUCUGCGUCAGCAACCCUCCGCUCAAAGAGCCCACGGAGAAAGGCGUGGGUGCAAUCAAGGAGAAUUCCACUGACAACACGGAUGCAAGUGCGCAUGUGACUUUGUUGACAGCUCGGAGGAAGAAGAAAAGGGCCUGA